AUGCCUCUUUUCGGUCGCCAUCAAGAGGAAUAUGAGCCAGAGCCAGUCGUGGAAGAGCCCAAGCGAAGCUCAUCUAUCUUCCAUCGUAACCGUGCCGAGUCUAUCUCACCGUCUGAACGUUCCAUGUCCACCGUCUCCUCCACUCCAUCUCACAGUAGUCGUAAUCGCGGAUUCUUACACAAGAAUCGAGAAGUUCAAGACCCAGUUAUCGCAGCUGCGGAGCAAAGAAUCAUUAAUGCUGAGCAAAUGGAGAGAGAAGCCGACAGAGCAUUGAUUAAUGCUAGAGAGGCGGUGGCAGAAGCAAGAGAACAUAUGAGACAACUUAAGCUGGAGAUGGAAGCACAAGCAAAAGCAUUGAAGGUUCGACAAGGACAAGCAAACAACAUCUACAAGAGAGCCAAACCUCUUGGUCGUCAUCAAGUCCCCGGCUUGUGA